AUGAAAUACUGCGACCACAACUUGAGGACCGUUUUGGACACAAGUAUGACUGCCUUUGGUCGACAAUCGGCCAAAACACCCAUCAAUUUAUCAGAAUAUUACUUAUUGUUAAACAUAUUUUCGGAUGUAAACCAGGGCUUAGAGUAUUUGCAUUCAUUAGAGCCUCCGCUAAUUCACCGGAAUUUAAAGCCCGAGAAUAUUCUGGUCGUCGGCCACAACCCCAGGGGUUGUUUCGUCAAGAUAUCAGGCUUUGGUUUCUCGGUGUUUGACGAGUCGGGCUCUCAAAGUCACACUCGCGGCGCCGGCACUGAGAAAUAUAUGGCACCGGAGAUCGGAAGAGGUUUCCAAAAGAAACCACAUCUCGAUAUCAAACCAGAAGUUCGAGGCACUCGUCGAUACCGUGUAUACUAUGAUAGACCGAUACUAUGGAAAGCGACCGACAAGUGCUGACAUACAGGC